AUGGCAGGCUCCGCAGCCGUGCACCCUGUGGGUGACGACAUGGACCCGCGCAGGGCGUUCGUCGUGAGCACUAUCAUUGACAGCCUGGCGGUCCCUGCCCCGCAAAGGGCGCGCUUAUACACCGCUCUUGCAAACGAUGACAAGAUCGGCAGCUUCUUGGAAGAGCCGUCGGUCCAAACGGUCGCCGCAAGCGCCUGGAAGGAAACCAACGGCCAGCUCCGAGUCGUAACUUCCGCCUCGGUUGACUUCCCAACCGGGUGCGAUUACCAGGUGGUCUUCAGUAAGGAGAAGCCGGGGGUGGUGUCGGUAGACGACAUUCCGGGCGGAAUCGUUGUGGCGACCCGGUCCAGCCCGCAGCUCAGCAGCUUGCACCACCUUUUGAAGACGGACUUGUUGGUGGAGCUGGAGAGCGGGAUUGGCACCCUUCUGCGACGGAACGGAGUCACCGGAAUCAGCUCCCGCGCUUCCACCAAGCGCACAUCUGAAACCGGUCCACCAAGUCCGGACUUUAUUGCGAUCCUGACCCCGUCCGACGAGUUCCAAGUCUGGCAAGAGCUGGCAGCAGACGAGCAACUAGAGCCGGGACUAAAAGCGGCAGCGGCGCGGAUCAGUCAGGAGUUUGAAACGCUUCGUCGGGGUUUCUCCUCCCUCUCGACGCUCUCCGAAGACGCGCUCCUAGAGCUCGUCGAAUCUGCGCGCCCAGUCCUCGACGCCGUCUGGCAGCUCGGUGGCUCCGCGGCCGCGACCGCGUCCCCAAACCCCGAAACCCCGCUCUACCCUCAGCGCCGCAUGGCGCACCUUCUGGCGCUCCUGAGCGACGCGGUCGCGGCAGCGGUUGUCGAACGCGUGCGGCCGCUUGACACGUGGCAAGGCGCGGUUGGCGAGGUAGAGCGGGUGAUGACGUGGGCACUUCGGCUGAUUGCCACGUGGGAGAGGGACACGCUGGAGCUGACGAAGUUGGCGUGGCCGUCGCGAGGGGGUAACGUUUGGGCGGGAGAGCCGUUCUAUCACAAGGGACUGGCUGCGCUGCGGGUGCGGAUUGACGAGAUUCUCAAAAUACGGGAGGUGCACGAGGAGCUCAUUCUGCUCCUCUCAUCCGACGAGGCCCACUUUCUCACCGCGGCCCGCUGCUUCGAGCCGUUUCGCACCGUCCAAGUGCUAGACUGCAGCGCCUACAACGAGGCCCGGUGGAAAGCCGCCGUGUCGGAACACCACGCGCGGAUUGCACCAAUUGAGACGCGCAUAGCGGAGAAGCUGAGGGAAACGUUUGGUGUGACGCUUGUGCCGGCGCUGACUGCCGCGGUGUCGGGGCAGGGGGCCGAGGACGGUAACGGGUUGGCGCAACCGUCGCAGGUCUUUCAGCAGCUGAGGCGAUACGGGGAGCUUCUGGCGCGACCCAUCAUCUCGGAAGCACUUAGCAACGAGAAGCAAAGUAUCAGCGCCCUGCUUUUUAGAUACUUGGGUUUGCUCCGGAACGAGUUCGACGACCACUCGGCCGGGCACGACUCGUCAGAUGCACUCUCGUCCAUCUCGUGGGCGGUGCAAAUGGAAGCCAAGGUCGACGAGCUUAUGAAUACGUUUGCCUUGUUUUCUGGGGUGGAUGCGGGUCGGUCGGCCGGUGGAUCGACUGAUGCGUCUGAGAAGUUGAGCGACCUACGCCGUGACGUCAUCGAGUACAAGAAGGCCCAAUUCAAGCAGUGGGAUGCGGACACGCGGGACAAGCUUCCGGACAUGGCCCUGGAGGCGUCCGGCAGGCUCAUGGACCUGGACGCCAAAGACGGACACGUGGAGGUACAUUUCACCGACGAUCUGGUGAAGCUGGUCCAGGAAGUGCGCGCAUUGUCAUCACUGGGGUUCCAAAUCAAGGCUGACGUCAGCAAGGCGGCGGAGACGGCGCGGCGAUUCAGCCGGCACGGCGUGGUGCUGCAGCAGGUGGCCAACUUCUACAACGAGAUCGGGACGCAAAUGGUGCCCAGCCAGAAGGGGAUGAUGCUGGACGACGCGCUGCGAUUCGAGCAGGUGCUCAAGAACCCGCGAGAUGGGCUGGGGAACCCUAUCACGUGGAACAACGCACCGGCUUUGCAGGAUUACAUCACCCGGCUUCAAGAAGUGGCCAUGAACCUGACCGAGAAGAACCGCAAGCUGCGUAAAAAGCACACGCAGCUGGGCGAGAAAGUUGGCGCGCUCACGGCCGUCGAUCUAGUUCGCCAGCGGGACCGGUGGAAGGAAGGCGUGCGCGAUCUGCGCGCGGUUUUCGACGGGCUGGAGAAACAGGGGGUGGCCGUGACGCGCGACUGGCGCGCGCACUGGGACCACCAGCUUUACAAGGCGCUCCAAUACCAGUACCGCAAGGGCUUGCAAAGCCUGAACGAGAACCUGCCGCCCACGACCGUGAAGCUGGUGUUCAAGCAGAAGAAGCUGCAGUUUGAACCGGGUUUUGAGGAGAUUCGACAGGCGCACUUCCGGGAGAUCCAAAAGUUCCUCAACAUCCCGCAGCAGUUUAAGGGCGUCGGCGACAGCACCAUCUUUCGGCACAUGAUGAAGGACGAGAGCCUCGUGCUGGCGCUCGCGAACGUAUACGAAAGGGCCGAAGUUCUGCUGCAGAAACUGGCGGAAGAGCAGAAGAAGCUGUCCGAGUGGGUGGCGCUGGGGACGGUCGACCUGGAGGAAUUUGUAGAUGCGCACCUGGACGAUGUGCCGGACUGGGAGCUCAACUUCAGAAUCCUCAAGAUGAAAGCCAAAGAGAGCGACGCGAUCCCGGCUGAAAUCAAGGUGGACUGCUACACGAUCGUCACGAUUCCAACCAAGAUCGCGGUUGAGGAGCAAAUGAAGCGUCUCCACGAGGCGCUGUGCAAUUCGCUUCGCCGGAAAGCCGUCGCGGACAAGGACGGACUGGAGAAAUUCAUCGCGGACGGACGGAAAGUGCUGGAGGGGCAGCCGCAGAGCGUGGAGGACAUUGGGCGCGCGCGGCAGGAGGCUUUUAACCUGGUAUCGGCGGUCCCUGCCGCGCUGGAGACCCGCCGAAAGUGCGAGGAGAAGCUACGGCUGCUGCGCCAGGUGUCACCUCCUCGUGCCGCCACGGUGGACCUGUCAUCACUGCUCAGCCAAUGGGACGACUUCACGGCGCGGCUAAGUCAGCACGAGGCGCAUCUCGCGGAGCAGAAGGAGAAGCUGAAAACAAAAAUUGAAGCGGACAUUUCCGAGUUUUGUGGGCGGUUGGAAGCGUUUGCGACCCGCUGGGCGGAAAUCAAGCCGAGCGGAAUUCCUGCCGGGGGAGCGGAAUCGGUCAUCCAGAAGAUAGAGGACGCGUUGCGGUUUGUGAAGGAGUUCGAGGCGGAGGCGGCCGCGUUCGCGAGCGCGUGCGGCGCGUUUGAGAUGGAAACCCCGGAAGGGUUUAGGGUUUUGGAGGUUCUAAAGGGGGAAGUCUUCGCGGCCCAGGAAGCGUGGGGUCGUUACGGAACGUUCAGCGCGGAACGGAAAGAGCUGAGCGGAAAGGCGUGGACGACGGUGCGAGGGAAGCUGCAUCUGGUGGAGGAGUUCUUGUUGAAGUGGGCGGAAGCGGUUAAGGGCUCGGUUAAGAAUGACCCGGUUUCCGUCCUGAUCCUCCAGGAGACGGAACGGUACCGGAAGUGCUUGCCGUUCUUGCGGUUUGUCAGGGAGGACAUCAAGUGGGCGGAAAUUUCCGCUCUGCUGGGGAUGACGGAAAAUGGACGGGCGGAAGUGAAGUUCGACGACUUGACACUGGGCCACUUUCUGGCCCGCGCGGACGCGAUGGUGUCAAGGGGCGACGAGCUGAAAGCACUCCAUGCGCAAGCGCAGGGAGAAGUCGUCCUCCGAGACUCGUUAAACGUGCUCAAAGUUUGGGGGUUAGAGAGACGGUUUACGUUGAUCAAGUACGAGUCAGGCAAACCGUGUGCCCUGAUAAAGGAGUGGAAAGACGUCAUGACGGAAGUGGGCGACCACCAGAGUCUGGUCCAGUCUCUAAAAGAGUCGCCCUUUUUCGCGCCGUUCAAGGACGAGACCAGCACGUGGGAGCGGCGCUUAGGCGCACUAACCGAGGGUUUGCAGCAGCUAAACGGCAUCCAAAGAAAGUGGGUUUACCUGGAGCCCAUUUUCGCGAGGGGAGCGCUUCCGCAGGAGCAGGCCCGGUUCCGGCGGGUCGACGAGGAGUUCCGCCAGCUUAUGGGCGGGAUCGCAGCGGACACCCUGGUGACGUCAUUUGCUGACGUUCCCAGAUUAAGAGACAACUUGCCCAGGUUGUCGGCCCAGUUAGACAUCUGCCAGAAGGCGCUCUCGGACUUCUUGGAAGAGAAGCGGUCCCACUUUCCCCGGUUUUACUUCAUUGGGGAUGACGACAUGCUUGAGAUUCUGGGUCAAGCCAAAAACCCGACGGUUAUCCAGGCACAUCUGAAGAAGCUCUUCGCGGGCAUCCACUCGGUUGAAUUUGGGGUUAACAACCAGAGUAUAGUAGCGAUGAAGAGCGUGGACGGGGAGGUGGUUAGCCUCGUUAACCCAGUGGUUAUCAGCGACCGGGUGGAGGACUGGUUGAGCGAUCUGGCGACUGGGAUGAAGCUUACGCUGAAAGACAUGCUGGCGAGGUGCCUGGAAACGAAGGACUACAACAAGUUUCCGAUGCAGAUUCUGUGUCUGGCGGACCAGAUCGACUUCACGCAGCGCUGCGAGGCCGCGCUCCAGCGGGGCGGCUCGCAGACCGCAGCGGCACUAAAGGAACUAGUAGCGGAGCAAAAACAGCAGCUGAAGGAGUAUACGAGCGUCGACAUGGAGGGGCAGCACGUGCUGCAACUGAAGAUCAAGGCGCUCAUCUUGGACCUUAUCCACAACGUCGACGUGCUGGAACAACUCAUCGACGCAAAAGCCGCUAGCCCCGACGAUUGGGCUUGGCAGCGCCAGCUCCGCUUCUACCGGUCGCAAAAUUCGGACGCCAAAGUUAACCGGUCCGAAACUCCGGGCGGGGCUGUGGUCCGAAUGGCCGAGUCCGAGUUUGAGUACUCUUUUGAGUACCAGGGAAACGCUCCGAAGCUGGUGUACACACCGCUUUCGGACAAGUGUUACCUGACGCUAACCCAGGGUAUGCACCUGGGUUACGGGGGUAACCCGUACGGUCCGGCGGGGACCGGGAAGACGGAGUCUGUGAAAGCGCUGGGGCAGUUUCUGGGGCGCCAGGUGCUGGUGUUCAACUGCGACGAGCAGUUUGACUUCCGCAGCAUGGGCCGCAUCUUCACGGGGCUCGUCAAGUGCGGCGCCUGGGGCUGCUUCGACGAGUUCAACCGGCUGGAGGAGGACGUGCUCUCGGCGGUUUCGCAGCAGAUCCAAACAAUUCAGGCCGCUCUGAAGGAAGGAGCGAAGACCGUGGAGUUCCUGGGGCAGAGCAUCAGCGUGGACCGGAACGCCGGAAUCUUCGUGACGCUGAACCCCGCCGGAAAGGGCUACGGCGGACGGUCCAAGCUGCCCGACAACCUGAAGGCGCUGUUCCGUUCCGUCGCUAUGACGGUUCCGGACAACGAGCUGAUCGCGGAAGUGAACCUCAUAUCGGAGGGAUUCCAGGACGCCAAGACCCUCGGCCGCAAGUUGGUCGCUCUUUUCUCCCUGGGUCGGCAGCUCCUGUCGCGCCAACAGCACUACGAUUGGGGCCUGCGCGCUCUUAAAACGGUCCUCGGAACAGCGGGUCAGCUGCUGCAUCAUGCCAAAGGGAAGGGGGAUGAGAUUCCCCCAGCCCAAGAGGCUAAGCUGAUCGUCCGCUCCCUCCGCGUGACCACCCUCCCAAAGCUCGCCUUCGCCGACACCCGUCGCUUCGUCGAUCUGGUUGCUGACGUCUUCCCAGGCGUCAGCGUGAGUGACGUCAGCGACGCGGAACUGGAGGCCGCCAUCGCUGCCACGUGUCGCGAGAUGAAGCUGGAGGCGGUGCGCGCGCAGGUCGAGAAGGUGCUGCAGCUCCACGUGGCGUGCAAACAGCGCAUCGGUGUGAUCGUCGUGGGGCCUUCCGGCACGGGGAAGACGACGCUUUGGCGCAUACUAGAGGGCGCGCUCCGUCUGGUGAACGGAACGGCCGGAACUCCGCCGGUGAAGCUCCACGUGAUGAACCCCAAGGCCAUUCCCCGGCAGCAGCUGCUGGGGCACAUGGACAUGGACACGCGCGAGUGGUUCGACGGGGUGCUGACGUCAGCGGCGCGUCAGGUUGUCCGGGAACCUGCAGAGCAGCACAGCUGGAUCGUGUGCGACGGCGACGUGGACCCAGAGUGGAUCGAGUCCCUUAACUCGGUGUUAGACGAUAACCACCUGCUAACCCUGCCCAGCGGAGAGCGCAUACAGUUCGGCCCAAACGUCAACUUCAUCUUCGAGUGCCAAGAUCUGAAGUUCGCUUCCCCCGCAACGGUUUCUCGGACGGGCAUGAUCUUCCUGUCCGGUGAUAAUCUGGACGCUGGGCUGAUCGUACGGCCGUGGUUGGCUGGCCUGCCGGAUGACGUCAGAGAUGAGGUCACCCGCUUAGUCGACGACUACCUGCACCCCGCUCUACAGUGGGUUUUCACCCGCAGGGCCGCUGUCGAGACUACCCAAGUGGGGACUAUUCACACGGCCCUUUCGCACCUAACUGCGGAGUCACUAACUGGAAGACACGAGUUUCUGCGGGGGUUAGCGCGGGGUUUAGGUGCUAACCUAGAACCGCAGUCGCGCGCCCAGUUACUUGAGCAGCUCGCAAACCUGUCGGGAGAGAGCGUGUCAAGCAUCGCCAGUGCGCCAGACCGAGCGCUUCUUGACACCGGGGAAUCUCUUAUCACAGGGGUUAGGGUUACACUAACCGAGCACAUCCGGCAGGGGGCGGCCACGCUAAUCCCCUGGUUAGAGGCGGGUCAACCGGUGUUGUUAAGCGGGCCCGAAGGGGCGGGAAAAACCACUCUGCUAGACUUCUGCUUGGCACAGCUCAAGUCUACCGCCGUCUCUACCAUUCAUUGCAGCGCGCAAACCAACGCUAGCCACGUGGUUCAAAAGUUGGUUCAGAUGUGCGGUAACCCGGUAACGACGGCCGCAGGCAGAGUCUUACGGCCCCGGGAAAGCGAGCGGUUAAUUCUGGUGUUAAAGGACCUGAACCUGCCCAAGCCGGACAAGUAUGACACCACGCAGCUGGUGCAGUUCUUGCAGCAGCUGAUCACGGCCAAAGGAUUUUACAACGAGGCGCUCGAGUUCAUCGGGCUGGAGCGGAUACAGAUUGUCGCGACAAUGAACCCGCUUUCUUCCGCCGGCCGCCACCCCCUCUCCUCCCGCUUUACCUCGAUCGUCCGAGUCGCGUCCCUCGAAGCCCCCCCAAGAGCGCAGCUGGAGGCGGUCUACUCCGCCAUGCUCGCUGACAUCAUCCGUGACGUGGCGCCCGGGCACCCGACCUGGGGCAGCGAGUCGACGGUCAGGAAACUGGCGGCAAGUAUGCUGGAGGUGUAUCAGAGCGUUCAGGAGGCGUUUUCGGUGGAACGGGAGAAGCACUACUUGUUCACGCCACGACGCGUGACGGAGUGGGUGCAGAGCCUGCGCCGGUACGACCUCCGUUCCGAGGACGUCCCGUCCGUUCUGCUCCACGAGGCCACCAGAAUCUUCAGCGAUCGACUCGUGGGACCGGAACCGCGGGCGGAUUUCGAGCGGAUCUUGGCGGGAACCUUCAAGGCCACGUGGCGGGGGGGUGCCGAGAAGGCUGAAAGCGUGUACUCGGUAUGGGGGGGUGCGGGAGACGCGCGGCAGUCUGCUCGCGUCGGCUCGGCGCUCUCUCGCAUGCCAGCCGGCGACUAUCACAAGCUGGUUCAAGACAAGCUGGCCGCCUUCGAGAGAGAAUUCCAGACUCUCAACAUUUUCCUCUUCCCCGAGACGCUAGAGCGGAUUGCGGCCAUGGAGCGCAUUCUCACCCGUCCGGGGGGCAGCCUGCUUCUUCUGGGCAGGAGCGGCGUCGGCCGUCGAAGCUGCACCAGGCUGGUGGCAUACAUGCACCACAUGGACCUCGUCUCCCCCUCCCUCUCGCGCUCAUACGACCUCAAAGCUUUCAAAGCCGAGCUCAAGACGCUUCUAGCCGCCGCCGGAGUCGAGGGCAAGAAGACGUGCCUGCUUUUGGAAGACCAACACCUGGCGCAGCCCGCUUUUUUGGAGGUGGUCAAUAGCGUAUUGAGCGGGGGAGAGGUGCCGGGGCUAUAUACCAACGAAGAGCUGCAGUCUCUCCUACUGCCGCUGCAAGAGCUGAUGGCCAGCGACGGCUUCCAGCACAAGAGCGCGUUCUCCUUCUUCGUCGCGCGCGUGCGCCAAAACCUCCACGUGGUGCUCUCCAUGGACCCCUCCAACCCUGACUUCGACGCGCGCUGCGCGAGCAACCCCGCGCUCUUUGCCAGCUGCGCGGUCAUGUGGCUGGACACGUGGACGCACGAGCGUAUGCGGGACGUUUCGAAGGCGAUCCUGUCCGCAGAGCUGUCCGCAGCCACGCAAGAAGCGGACGGCAUCGACGGUCAGAUCGUGUCGCUCAUGGCGGCCAUUCACACCAGCCUGGACAGCGAAGGCGCGGCCGCGACACCACGGCAGUACGCCGGGUUUUUGGAGGCUUAUCAGAAGCUCUUCGGGGCGAAAAGGGCUGAGGUCCUGGAGCAAAAGGGGCAUCUGCAGGCUGGGCUUGACAAGCUGGCAGAAGCGGCGGGCAAAGUUGGCGAGCUCUCCCAACAGGCUGCGGAACAACAGGUUCUGCUAACCCAGAAACAGACCGAGGCGGAGGCCGCGCUAAUCCAGAUCACGGACAGCAUGGCACGUGCCGGGGACAGCAAGGCCGAGAUCGAACGGCUGAGAGUGAAGCUCGCGGGCGAGGAGCAGAUAUUGAACGGCCGAAAAGCGGGGAUCCAAUCGGAGCUGAGCGAGAUCCAGCCGUUGAUCGACGCCGCGAAAAAGGCGGUCGGCCAGAUUAAGAACGACAACCUGAACGAGAUACGCUCGCUCAAAAUGCCGCCGGACGCCAUACGCGAUGUGCUGGAGGGCGUGCUGCUGCUGAUGGGCAACUAUGAUACGAGCUGGACGAAUAUGAAGAAGUUCCUGGGGAGCAAGUCGGUGAAGGACGAGAUCGUGAACUACGACGCGAGGAAAGUGACGCCCGACAUGCGCGCCGCGGUGCAGAAAUUACUACAAGCUAAGGGGGCGUCGUUCGAGCAUGAGCGGAUCUACCGCGUGAGCGUCGCGGCCGCGCCGAUGGCCGCGUGGGUCAAAGCCAACGUCCAGUUCUCGGUCGUGCUCGAGAAAGUGAAACCUUUGGAGGAUGAUUUGGCGAGUCUUCAGGCGUCUUUGGACGCGUCAACCGCGCGAGUGAAGCAGUGCGAAGACGAUCUGGCGUCGCUAGACGGGACGGUUGCGCGGCUGAAAGAGGAGUUCGCGCGGCGUACCGGCGAAGCGGAGGCGCUCAAGAUUGGUCUGCAGCAGGCGAAAGACAAGCUGGCCGCAGCGGAGAGCCUGACUGAGAAACUAGGUGGCGAGAAAGUUCGCUGGGAGGCGCAGAUUGGCGGCCUGGCAGGGCGGCUCCAGGAGCUUCCGCUCGAGGCGCUGCUCGCGGCCGCGUUCAUGACGUACCUGCCGGGUCAGCCGGAGGACUUCAGGCGGCGGAUGCUCGCCACGUGGCAGGAUCUCGCAGGCGCGGCCAAUUCACCGUCGGACGGUCCCGCUCUAGUUCCCGACUCCAAGGCUUUCGACUUCAAGCGGUACAUGAGCACUGAAAGCGAGAUGCUGACGUGGAAGGCAGAGGGCCUUCCGUCGGACGACCUUUCCGUCGAAAACGCGGUCGUUCUGCUGCACACCCAACAGGUUCCGCUGGUGAUCGAUCCGUCCGCCCAGGCGGCGGAAUGGCUGCGGAAGCACCUGCGGGAGAAGGUGGCGUCGAUGGAAGUGGUAGCGCAGCAAGACCCGCGGUUUACAACAACGCUGGAACUCGCCGUUCGCUUUGGAAAGACGCUUUUGGUAACCGAGGUUGACGCGAUCGAGCCGAUGCUGUACCCGCUUCUACGGCGGGACGUCAGCCAUAGUAACUCCCGGCUGACCGUGCAAAUAGGGGACAAGAACGUGGACUACAACAAGGACUUCAGGCUCUUCCUGGUGACGCGCGACCCUGGCCUGAGCAUUCCGCCGGACGCGGUGUCGCUCAUUCUGCGCACCAACUUUACGGUCACGCGAUCGGGACUGGAGGGACAGUUGCUGGGGUUGACAAUUCAGAGCGAACAACCAGAACUGGAGAAUAAGCGGAGCACACUACUCAAAACUGGCGAGGAGAUGCGGGUCCAGUUGGCGUCUCUAGAGAAGCAGCUGCUGGAAGAGCUCGCGACUUCCCAGGGGAACAUCCUGGACAACCGGGCGCUAGUCGCGUCGCUCAACGAAACCAAGGCCAAGAGCACAACCGUCGCGGCGUCCCUGCUCGAGUCACAGGCACUUCAGCGGUCCCUCGACGCCCGGCGAGAAACCUACCGGCCACUCGCAGUCAGCGGUAGCCGACUCUAUUUCCUCCUCAAGUCCCUUCCCGGUCUGAACCGGAUGUACCAUUUCAGUCUUUCCGCUUUCCUCCGGCUCUUCAAGAGCGUGCUAAGCCGGAAAAGCGCGGAGCCCGGAACGGAAGAGACGGACGGAACGGAUCUGGUCGUGGAUGGGCGGAUCGCGGAAUUGAUGGACGGGCUGAUCCAGACGGUGUUUGGACACGUGACGCGGUCCCUGUUUAAGGCGGAUCGACUGACAUUCGGCCUGCACUUAGCUCAGGCCCUCCGACCGUGCGCCGCUGCGGAGUUGCAGCUGUUCACCGGGCAGUCAGUGCUUCCCCCGGGCGUGCUCGGAGCGGAGCCGCUGUCUUGGGUUUCCGACAGCUGCCGAGCUUCUUUCAACGCCUUCCAGGCCACCCUGCCUCCCAUCGCCCAAAACCUGGACUUCCAGAACAAGUCGAAGUGGUCCGCUUGGAUGAGCAACGCUUCGGCCGAGACCGACUUCCCGCCACACGCGCUACCAAUCACCACGCCCUUCCAGCGCCUUCUGCUGAUACAGGCGCUCCGCCCGGACCGGUUAGAGAGCGGCAUGGAGCUGUACGUGCGGUCCGUGCUGGGGCUGGCCAGCACGUCGCCAGAACCGUUCAGCCUGGGCAAGCUGCACCAGGAAACGACUGCGAAAGAACCCGUCAUUUUCAUCACCAGCCCCGGCGCCGACCCCAGUCAGGAACUGGAGGAGUUCGCCGCGCGCGCGGUCGGCCCCGCGCGUUUCCGCCAGCUGGCCAUGGGCCAGGGCCAGUCAGAAAUUGCGCUCGCCAUGCUCAAAGAAGCCGCGCGCGCGGGAGAUUGGGUGUGCUUUAAGAAUCUCCAUCUAGUUGUGACGUGGCUGCCCGCACUGGAGAAAGAGAUUCACGGGUUGGACGCGCAUCCGGACUUCCGGCUUUGGCUGACCAGCGAGCCGCACGACCGCUUCCCCCCGAGUCUGCUGAUGGCGUCACUCAAGGUGACGUACGAGGCGCCCCCCGGGCUCAAGAAGAAUCUCCUGCGGACGUACGAAGCUUGGACGUCCGAUUUCGUUGCGGACGGCGGAAGCACCGUCCGAGCGCAGCUGCUGUUCUUGCUGGCAUGGUUCCAUGCGAUUGUGCAGGAGCGGCGGACGUUUGUGCCCCAGGGCUGGAGCAAAUUCUACGAGUUCAGCUUUGCCGACCUCCGCUCGGGGGCGGACAUCGUCAGCAUCGCAGUGAACCAAGCCCCCCCGAAAGGUCCAAUCCCGUGGGAGUUCCUCCGAGGCUUACUCGAAAACGCAAUCUAUGGGGGACGCAUCGACAACCGGUUCGACGUCCAAGUGUUGCGCGCGUAUUUACACCAGUUCUUCCACGAGGGGAUGCUGGCUGGGCCGGGCCAGCGGUUCGUACCGGGCACGAAAGGGGUGCUGGUGCCGGGGUCUUUGAAGCACGGGGAGUUUGUCGAAGUGCUCGGGGGACUGCCGGAUGGUGACGCCCCGGCGCUUUUUGGGCUGCCGGCGAACAUCGAGCGGAACGUGCAACAAACGAACAGCGCCAAUGUUGUGGCCCAGUUGAAGAUGCUGUCCUUCGCGUCGCCCGAAACGGCGACCGGGGAGUUCGACCGGGGCAGGUGGUCCGAGCAGCUCAGGCCCGUCAUCGAGCUGUGGGACCGACUGCUGGGAGAGCUCGGGGGUCUGGACCGGGUGUGCAGAGUCGAGCAAGAGCCCGAGGACGCCACCCCGACCGAGUCCGCCAUCUUCCGGGAAAGCCAGCUGGCAGCUUCACUUGUCAGAGCGAUCUCGAACAUCCUCGGGGGAAUCCACCGGGCGCUCUCGGGGCAGGGCUUGCUCUCUCCCGACGCUCUAACGUCCUGCAAGGCGCUGCUCGGUAGUACUGUCCCGAGCUCUUGGGACCGCCUUUGGGAGGGCCCUGAGGAGCCCUCCGCGUACCUCCAAGCGCUUUUCUCGCGCGUGGCCGCGCAGCCGGCGCUCCGGGCUGCCGCAAAAUCCGGAAGUCUUCCCUCCAGAGGGAGCUCUCUAGAUCUUAGCCAUCUGUUCAGUCCCGAGACCUUUCUGAAUGCGCUCCGACAGCAGACCGCUAGGCGGCGGAACAUGGCCAUGGACGAGAUGAAGCUGGCCACCGCGUGGAAUUCGGAGCUUUUGGGCGACGCGGCCGCAGACGCGCUGCAGGUGACGUCACUGCUGAUCCAAGGAGCCUCCUUCGACGGAAAGAAACUGGCUGACGUCGCCCAUGACGCACCAUUUGCCCAGACGAUGCCUACGGUCUACAUGGCAUGGAUCGCGAAGGGAUCGCCGUACCCGUACAAGGAACACCUGGCAAUUCCGCUGUACAACGACCUGGGCCGGACGCGCUUCUUGUCCGAGCUACAGCUGCCCCUCGCCAAGGCGUCCGAAAGGGACCGCUGGAUAUUGACUGGGCUCGCAGCAUUUGUACAAGGUUGAAAUAAGGUAUACGCGGAUUCGAUUAUACAGUGUUAUGUUCGUGAUGAGAUAGUUCGAUCAGAGUAAGAAAAGGUAAAUUACUGCCUGAAGUAUUCAAAGACUGGCGGGGUGCGUGUAAGCCGCAGAUCGAGCCAGCU